AUGAACCCCAGUCAUACACCUGAACAAAAUGGAGUUUAUUCAGACAGGCCGACUUACACAUUUGAAGAAGGGCAGCUGUCAUUUUUGGGGGCUGAUGUAGAAGUGUUGCCAGAAGAGCUUAUCCAAAACUAUUGUAAUGUUACAUCUCAGCUUGAUUUGAGCUUCAAUAAACUAAGAUCGCUUCGCGGCUUGGAACAUUUUCAACAUCUUAGAGAGCUGGUGCUGGACAAUAAUGAGUUGAAUGACAACAUUCUGUUUCCACAUCUCAAAGAUUUACACACUUUAACAUUGAACAAAAAUAAAUUGACAGACUUGCAUGGCCUUCUGGAACAGUUGGUGGAAAAACUGCCUAGUCUGACGUAUCUAAGCCUGCUGGGAAAUAAGGCCUGUCCUAACGAGUUAUCUGCCUUGGAUAAAGAUGACGAGGACUAUCUUAGAUACAGACACUAUGUGCUGUAUAAACUACCUGGGCUGAAGUUUCUAGACUCUUCACCAGUCACAGCUGCAGAAGUUGCUGAGGCCAAGCGAGUUGGGCCAUAUACACUUGUUGUCAGGCCAAAGGAUGAGGACUUGCAGCUGAUUAUGGAAGACACAUCUGCAGAAGAAGCAUCAAGGGACCAAUACACUCCACUGCCUGCCUCCGUUGGCACAGAAAUUGUUCAGCCCCAAGGUUUUUGGACAAAAAGCAAGUCAAAAUAUGUUGGACGCAAUUCUGAAGGAAAUAGAUUUAUAACAGAUGGUGUUUUAUGA